UGGCGCUGUAGCAUCUUUUGCAAAACGCCCUCACUCAAAAGCAGAAGAAGACGAUAGUUGCGGGAAAACUGAAGCGGAUGGUUCCUGUGUUGAUAACUUUAGACUGCGAGAAAACAGGCUUUUCAAAAAUCACCAUGAAAACCCCAAAAGCUGCAGAUGUCAAAAAGGGGAUAUCAGUCCUCUGGGAGACUCUGCAGUGUCCCAUAUGUCUGGAUUUAAUGACAGCACCAGUAUCAACUAAGUGUGACCAUCAGUUUUGCAAAUUUUGUAUGAUGAAACUUUUGGACAGCUCUAAACAAAACAGAGGGAGCUGUCCAGUGUGUAAAACCAAGAUAACCAAAAGGAGCUUACAGGAGAGCCCUGGGUUUCAGACACUUGUAACAGGACUGCAGGACUUGAUAAAAGCAUAUGAACUUGACACCGGCACAAACUACUUCACUGGAAUGUCACUGCCCGAAAAACAGUCAGGUGCCACAGAUGCUGAAGCUACUAAACAUCCUCAUAACAUGUCAUCUGGAGAUGCACCUGUCACUGACCUUGACAACCUGGAAAGUGCAGACCAUGAUAAUCUUCCAAGGUCUCCCUCUUCAACAAUAGCAGCCCAGAAUGGAUUUGCAAGACUCAUGGGACUUGAAGACUCUGCUCCUUUAACAAUAGAAAAUGAAGGCCUGGACAGUGGCCUUGGUGACGCCCCACCAACUUCUAACAAGAAAAUGCACAGUUCUACAGAAGACUUUGAAACAGAGGCAUUAACACACAAAACUAGAGGAAAGUCAUCACGGAAGAAGAGAAAAAAGGAUGUGGAGCCUGACAAGGUUCUUGAGCAGAAACAGAAGAAAAGCCUAGAGAAAGUUGCUGAGUGGCUCAUGAAAGUUCCAACUGAAGGAAGUCUCGAGUUAGAAAAACCAGACAAAGACAGUGAUGACUCUGACAGCUGUUCUUCCACGUCAACAAUAGAUGUCAAGCAACACGUUAGUGACAUAAAUACUAAGAAAGAGGAGCGUGUGAAAGCCCUUGAAGAGCAGGUGUUUGGAGCCGUCUACAAACGAGAGAGAAGAGGGAACAGGAACAGCUCUCUUCCACUCUGUGUUUUUGUCGAACCACCAACAACUAGAAAACAGAAAACAGGUCCUGAAGACAAAAAUGAAAGCGACUUGGAGGAAGAGCAACAGUUAGCAGAAGAAGUAAAUGACACCAGCUGUGACAUUUUAAAAGAGGCAGAACCCACAGAUGUCGUGGAGGAAAAUAAUUUAGACAGAUACGGGGAAGAGUUGAAUGACUUGCCAAAAAGUGACAAAAAUAAAGGCAAAGAUGAGGUUCCCUAUCCUGAUAUUGAACAACAGCAACCUGAAAGAAAGUCAAAGAAAAGGAGGCGUAACGCUCAGCAGCAGGUUGACAGUGACUUGCAAGAACAAGCUGAAGCAAAGUCAGAAAGUACCGAGCAAAAGAAAACUGACAAGAGGAAAGGUAGAAACACAAGGUCAGAAAAAGGAAAGUCUACUAGAGUGCCGAAGCCCCUUGUUCUGGUUGGAGUUCAGAAUGGAGAAACCAGUCCAAAGACCAGACCCAGAACAGAAAAAGUUGAAGUACAAAUUGAGAACUAUCCUAGCAGUGAGGACCAAGUUACCCCGGUCAUGAAGAGCACCAGGAGAAGCAGAAGGCUUCAGCUCUUUGCUGAGGAAGUCCAAGAAGGUUGCAAGAAAGCCAACUUGAAAGCCAAGACCUCAACUGAAAAAGACAGCAAUGUUGCAAAGCAAUCGGAGGAAGUUAAAGGUGGAACAUUGGAUAAAAAUGUAUCACCUAAGAAUGGAAACAUGACAAAAGUGGGCAAAAGAAAUGGAUGUAUUUAUGAUCACGAUUUAGGUGGAAUUGAAAACAUAGAAUCUGGUGAGAGAAGGUCUUACCGAACACCAAACAAAGAUGUUAAAAAGUCUAAUGCUGAAAUGCCAAAUGCUGAAACUCUGUCUGAAGCCAGCGCUGCUUGUUAUGUCCCUGUAGUCCCGAGUUCUACAAGUCCAACUGAAGCAGCUGUGGUAGAUCCAACCCUUGAAAGUGACAAUCCGACUAAUCGGUUACAAAACAAUACUGCUUUGGAAACGUUUGCUUGUGAGAAUAAAUGCCCUAUAACAGAAAAUGAGGAGGACAAGAACGACAGUGAGCUGGACACAGAGCAACUGCUCAGGAGCUUCAAAGCCACUAAAAGGAAAUCCUUCCAUCUCGGUGGCCCAAACGCAAAGAGAAGCCGUAGCUUAGACCAAGGAGACGUGCUGGUUGCUGAAGCAGAAGAAAAUGAUGGUGUUUGUUCUGGCGCUGAAUCUUCAAACAAACAAACAAAUAUAAAAACAUCUGAAAUCACCAACCUGGAGGCAUUAAGAGACAAUGAAAACCGAUCUUGUGAUUUGAUCUCCCCUUCUAUCUCACCUAUCCUGACAAGAAAAACAGCUGCUGAGAAAGCAGAUCAAGUGGGGGUUGAAGCCCCAAUCCCUGAUACCAGUAGUUCAGAUCAGGACAGUCCUGCUAGCAACUGUCUUUCCAGGACUAGUCUUAGCAGUGUCCUCAGUCCUAAUAAAGUCUCGAAACGUGAAAUGGAAAGUCCUCCUCUUUCUGUUGUCCCCCAGCUCGUAGAUUCUGGGCUCCGCUUCACAGCAGUUGAACACGAGGAACUGAAUGAAUCCUUAAAAUGCUCUCUGAUCUCAAACAGUCAGCUUGAUUGCACAAUGAGGGAUGCUGGCAAAUGGAAGGAGAUAGACAGUUUUUCUACUGGAAAACAUUCAGUCAACACAGCUGAACACACCUUAGGUGCAGAGUCCUCUUUAACCCCUGAUGGCCUGGUAAUGCCAGUUGUCCAAAUGGACCAUGAAACAGAGUCAAACAACAAUGGAAGUGCAGAGCUCAGCACACAUUCCUCCAUCAAGAACCACCCAAGGAAGAAGAGAAGGGCUCAGAAGCUGGAGUCGUCACUGGAGUCCGAUUGCAGUGGAUCCAGAGAGGAAUUACCAACUUUGACUCAAAUUUUCGGAACGUCAGCUCCUCCGGCUGCGGUGACCCAGGAUCAGGGAGACUCCAACGAAGCUAAUAGAUGUGUGGCUGCAUGUGUUACAGCUGAUGCAGCAGAACGGUUGAGCCGUCCACCUGCAUGCCCCAGCCCUGACUGUGUUAAUUCCAGCCAAGCGUCUGUGGACUUGUUUGGCACACCAGAUGAAUGUGAUGUCCCGGUAAACGACGCCAGUGUUUCCAUGGAAUCAUCAGAAUUUUCAAGCGAAGUCCUUGUUACACAGCAAAAGAUAGAAAUGCAGAAGGAGCUGGUGAGGCUGGAGAAGUUGAUGGCUCUGGUGUCAGAGGUGCUGCAGGAGAAAGAGGGCAGCCCUGAAAAAGAAGUGCCCUCAGAAACAAAACAAAGCAGCAAAACCGCAGGCCCAGACACUCACAGACCCCUGCCACGUCACCAGGACGCAGGCCACGAUUCAGACCAGAAAGAUGUUCCAGAUGCAGAGCGAGAGCCCAGCACAAGAGCAUCUGAUUGCAAAGCGGUCGUCCAGCCCGGUGUGUCAAAGCACGGCAGUAUUACAGAGAUGACAGCGCAGCACUUGACACACACAGAGCUAAGUGCAAAAGGCACCGAAGCCUCCAAGGCAACAGUUUCAAGUUCAGCAGCCAAAACACUAAAGAACUGUAGUUCACCAUCAGAUGGGCAAGAAGACAAAGAAAACAACACACCUCAAAGAUACAAAAGUAAAGCUAAGAUAGUGCUAGUGUCAUCUGGAUUAGGGCCCAAUGAACAGAUAAUGGUGAAAAAAUUUGCCAAGCGAGUUGGGGCCCGCAUGGUUUCUCAGGUGACAGCAGAGGUGACCCAUGUCAUAAUGCACACAGAUGAACAACUGGUAUGUGAGCGCACACUGAAGUACUUCCUUGGCAUUGCAGGCAGGAAGUGGGUGGUGAGCUUCCAGUGGAUUUCAGAGUGCUUCAAACAAAAGAAACUCUUAGAUGAGAGUCCCUUUGAAGUGAAAGGUGACGUGGUGAAUGGACCUAACCACCAGGGCCCCUCAAAAGCUCGUACCACUGAAGACAAUAAUUUACUCAUGAAGGGCUACAAGAUCUGCUUCCAGGGGCCUUUUACAGACAUGACUACAGAUGAAAUGGAGUGGAUGGUGGAGCUCUGUGGAGCAGCUGUAGUUAAAGAUCCACUUCUCCUCGACAGUAAGCAGAAGUCCCAGCAGCUGGUCAUUGUGCAGCCUGGAUCUGAGACAUCGUCGUCCAAGUACAGCAGUCUCUCCAGACGAGCCACUGUUGUGACACGAGGUUGGCUCUUGGAUACAGUUGCAACCUACACCCUCCAAAAACACAACAACUAUUCAGCUCAACUACACUGAGUUAUAACCACAGCCAUGUGCUGUCUUCUUUUCAUCUGUUUUACAAGUUUUUUUUUCUAUGUGCUAUACUGUAGCUAAACUGUCAUCUGUUUUAUUGAUAAGCUUAAAGCUCUGUGUUUGUGUUUGUAUGACACGACGUCUAUAAAGUUUAAUCA